AUGUCAUUGGUUAGCAUCUUGGCUCCCCUGGUCACCUCUGAAGGCCUAGAUUCAAGAAUCAAACCGUCAUUGAAAAAGGGUGCUUCCUUCCCAACAAAGCCAUCGCUAUGGAGAACCACCGAGUUCAAGUUUUACUAUGUGGCCUUUUUAAUUGUGGUUCCUCUAAUGUUUUAUGCUGGAUUGCAAGCUAGUUCACCAGAAAAUCCAAAUUAUGCCAGGUAUGAACGCCUCUUAUCGCAGGGUUGGCUAUUCGGUAGAAAAGUGGAUAAUAGCGAUUCUCAAUAUAGGUUUUUCAGAGAUAAUUUUACACUAUUGUCGGUUUUAAUGAUAGUUCAUACCUCCAUAAAGCGCAUUGUCCUAUAUUCAACCAAUAUCACCAAAUUAAGAUUUGAUCUAGUGUUUGGUUUAACCUUCUUAGUGGCUGCCCACGGUGUCAAUUCGAUGAGAAUCCUAGCCCAUAUGCUAAUUUUAUAUAUUCUCGCCCAUACACUAAAAAAUUAUAGAAAAAUAGCCACAAUUAGCAUUUGGAUUUAUGGUAUAUCCAGCCUUUUUAUUAACGACAACUUCAGGGCCUAUCCAUUCGGUAAUAUUUGCUCUCUUUUGAGCCCAUUAGAUCAAUGGUAUAAGGGUAUUAUCCCAAGAUGGGAUGUUUUUUUUAAUUUUACUCUUCUAAGAGUCUUAAGUUACAAUUUGGACUUCUUAGAAAGAUGGGAGAAUUUCCAAACGAAAAAAAGCCCAUCCUACGAAUCAAAGGAAGCUAAAUCAGCUAUUAUGCUCGAUGAGCGUGCUAGAUUAACUGUAGCCCACCCGAUGCAGGACUACAGCUUUAUGAACUAUACAGCUUAUGUUACUUAUACUCCACUUUUCAUCGCUGGCCCCAUUAUAACAUUCAAUGAUUACAUCUACCAGUCGAAACAUACUUUGCCAUCAAUAAAUUUCAAGUUCAUCUUUUACUAUGCCGUGAGAUUUAUUGUUGCUAUCUUGUCCAUGGAAUUCAUUUUACAUUUUCUUUAUGUGGUGGCAAUCUCGAAAACCAAAGCAUGGGAAAAUGACACGCCCUUCCAGAUUUCCAUGAUCGGUUUAUUCAACCUGAAUAUUAUUUGGCUGAAACUUCUGAUUCCAUGGAGGUUAUUCAGGCUAUGGGCUCUUAUAGACGGAAUUGAUACGCCUGAAAACAUGGUUAGAUGCGUCGAUAACAAUUACAGUGCAUUAGCCUUUUGGAGGGCUUGGCAUAGAAGCUACAAUAAAUGGGUUGUCCGGUAUAUUUAUAUUCCUUUAGGUGGUUCAAAAAAUAGAAUAUUAACCUCUUUAGCGGUCUUUUCGUUUGUAGCUAUAUGGCAUGACAUUCAAUUAAAAUUAUUAUUGUGGGGUUGGUUAAUCGUUAUUUUCCUUUUACCUGAAAUUUUUGCUACCCAGUUUUUUUCUCACUAUACUGACGCAGGCUGGUACAGACACGUUUGCGCUUUUGGCGCUGUUUUCAACAUAUGGGUCAUGAUGAUCGCUAACCUUUUUGGAUUCUGUUUGGGUUCCGACGGUACUAAAAAAUUACUGAAUGACAUGUUCUGUACUGUAUCUGGCUUGAAGUUUGUUGUUUUGGCUAGCGUUAGUUUGUUUAUUGCUGUGCAAAUAAUGUUUGAAAUCAGAGAGGAAGAAAAAAGACAUGGAAUUUUCUUGAAAUGUUGA